AUGCAUAUCUCUUCUCAGUUCCUACUUCUUGGGGUUGCGACAGCCGUGGACGCUGCCGCCAUAAAGCCAAGAGGAACACCCACAAUCCCAGACUAUUUCCAGACCACCUAUGGCCCAUUUGCUGGUCCGACGGAGGCCGGAGGCGCACCCUUCCUGGCCCAGACAAACCCAGCUCCGUUUGGCAAGCAUGCUUAUAUGCCCAAUACCCCGGUGGUGACUGAUGUACCUAUCAUCGGAAAGGGUGAUGGCGCUGACUCAUUCAAACUUAUGGGCAAUCUCUCGCCUUACAUGCCUAAUCCUUCUGGAUUCGGGGUUAAAGAAUAUUCACUUCCCCCUGGUAGCAAUAUCACUCAGAUGCAUAUGGUACAUCGACAUGGAUCUCGGUAUCCCACUUCUAGCGCCGCUGUGGCUAAACUGCCAAACCGUAUAGCGGAACUUCUCGGCAACGGAACUCGCUUCACUGGAAAUCUGGAGUUCCUCAACACCUGGGAAUAUCGUCUGGGUAAAGAAGAGCUGACGGCUCUUGGGCGCCAGCAGCUCUUUGACAGCGGCGUGCUUAAUUGGUUCAACUAUGGUCAACUUUAUGAUCCAUCCUCGCCACUUAUCGCCCGUACAUGCACUCAAGUGCGAAUGAUGCAGUCAGCUGACAACUUCCUGAAUGGCUUCUUCGGCCCUAAAUAUGCGGAGAAUGUCACUUUGGAAGUCAUUAUUGAAGAAACUGGAUUUAAGAAUCCUCUGGCCGGAGAUAAGGGAUGCCCCAACAACAACAACGAGCGGUCAGCCGGUGGAGAUUGGGCAAACGAGCAGUGGCAGGAGAAAUAUCUAAAGCAUGCAACCGAGCGAUUCCGUCGGUCGAUGACAGGGAACCCAGACUGGACAACUGCGGACACUUAUCUUGCCCAGACAAUGUGUCCAUACGAGACCGUCGGCUUAGGCUACAGCCCCUUCUGCUCCCUCUUUACCCAUGACGAGUGGGAAGGCUUUGAGUAUACCUUUGCCCUAAACUAUUAUGGAGGAAACGGAUUUGGGUCUCCCACCGGUCGGGCAGUGGGCGUGGGUUACGUUCAAGAGCUCGUCGCCCGACUCGAGCACCGCUUCCCUCAACCGGAGGAGGGUUAUGGUGCCAUCAAUGAAACGUUGGAUACCAACCCUACAAGUUUCCCUUUGAACCAGAACUUGUACUUGGACUUCAGCCACGAUACCACUAUGUUCUCGAUGUUGACCGCGCUAGGCCUCACACAGUUUGAGGACUUCCUGCCCACUUCAGGACCACCGAAGGACCACCAACUGAUUGUCAGCCAUAUUGUUCCAUUUGCAGCCCGCUUCAAUAUUGAGAUUAUCAAAGCGCCGCGGCCCGUACGUGCGAAGCGCUCGAAGGAUCACCACGACUCUCCAUAUGAGCACAAGGGGGGUGAAACAACCUAUGUGCAUAUGUUGAUCAAUCAGAGGACAAUCUCUCUCGGACGAAGUAUUCCAGAGUGUGGGAAACGGGAUGACGGAUGGUGCGAGCUGCAGACGUUCAUCAAGGCUCAGAAGGAAAACAUUGCAAAGGCGAAGUUCGAGGAGAGCUGUUUCGGCGACUACCCUGCCCCAGCAUAUGGGGACACCAAGACCGGUGCAAUCUAA